AUGGUCACAUUCGGAUUGAACUUUGAAAAAGAAGUUAUUUAUCUUAAUGUCUUCUGCCUCCUCUCUGUAUCUAUUUUGUACCUCCUUCACUUUGUACAUCUAUUGUUUCGCCUUCCCCUCUCUCGGUACCACAAUCUACCUCGAGGUAACUUGUGCCACUACUCUCUCUCUCUCUUUGUAUCCUGUGCCAACGCUCUCUCUCUCUCUCUCUCUCUUUGUAUCCUGUGCCAACGCUCUCUCUCUCCAUCUCUGUAUCCUGUGCCAACGCUCUCUCUCUCCAUCUCUGUAUCCUGUGCCAACGCUCUCUCUCUCCAUCUCUGUAUCCUGUGCCAACGCUCUCUCUCUCCAUCUCUGUAUCCUGUGCCAACGCUCUCUCUCUCCAUCUCUGUAUCCUGUGCCAACGCUCUCUCUCUCCAUCUCUGUAUCCUGUGCCAACGCUCUCUCUCUCCAUCUCUGUAUCCUGUGCCAACGCUCUCUCUCUCCAUCUCUGUAUCCUGUGCCAACGCUCUCUCUCUCCAUCUCUGUAUCCUGUGCCAACGCUCUCUCUCUCCAUCUCUGUAUCCUGUGCCAACGCUCUCUCUCUCCAUCUCUGUAUCCUGUGCCAACGCUCUCUCUCUCCAUCUCUGUAUCCUGUGCCAACGCUCUCUCUCUCCAUCUCUGUAUCCUGUGCCAACGCUCUCUCUCUCCAUCUCUGUAUCCUGUGCCAACGCUCUCUCUCUCCAUCUCUGUAUCCUGUGCCAACUCUCUCUCUCCAUCUCUGUAUCCUGUGCCAACGCUCUCUCUCUCCAUCUCUGUAUCCUGUGCCAAUCCCUCUCUGUAUCCCUGUGCCAACGCCCUCUCUGUAUCCUGUCCCUCUCUGUAUCCUGUGCCAACGCCCUCUCUGUAUCCUGUGCCAACGCCCUCUCUGUAUCCUGUGCCAACGCUCUCUCUGUAUCCUGUGCCAACGCUCUCUCUGUAUCCUGUGCCAACGCUCUCUCUGUAUCCUGUGCCAACGCUCUCUCUGUAUCCUGUGCCAACGCUCUCUCUGUAUCCUGUGCCAACGCUCUCUCUCCAUCUCUGUAUCCUGUGCCAACGCUCUCUCUCUCCAUCUCUGUAUCCUGUGCCAACGCUCUCUCUCUCCAUCUCUGUAUCCUGUGCCAACGCCCUCUCUCUGUAUCCUGUGCCCAACGCCCCUCUCUGUACGCCCUCUCUGUAUCCUGUGCCAACGCCCUCUCUGUAUCCUGUGCCAACGCCCUCUCUGUAUCCUGUGCCAGCAACUCUCUCUGUAUCCUGUGCCAACGCUCUCUCUGUAUCCUGUGCCAACGCUCUCUCUGUAUCCUGUGCCAACGAUCUCUCUCUGCCAAGUCGAUCUCUGUAUCCUGUGCCAACGCUCUCUCUCUCCGUAUCCUGUGCCAACGCUCUCUCUCUCCGUAUCCUGCGCCACUAUCCCCUCUCUCUCUCUCUCUCUAUCCUGCGCCACUAUCCCCUCUCUCUCUCUCUCUCUAUCCUGCGCCACUAUCCCCUCUCUCUCUCUAUCCUGCGCCACUAUCCCCUCUCUCUCUCCUGCGCCACUAUCCCAUCCUCUCUCUAUCCCAUAUCCCCUCUCUCUCUCUAUCCUGCGCCACUAUCCCCCUCUCUCUCUCUAUCCUGCCACUAUCCCCCCCCUCUCUCUCUCUCCUGCGCCACUAUCCCCCCCUCUCUCUCUCUCUCCUGCGCCUAUCCCCCUCUCUCUCUCUAUACUGCGCCACUAUCCCCUCUCUCUCUCUAUACUGCGCCACUAUCCCUCUCUCUCUCUCUAUCCUGCCACUAUCCCCCUCUCUCUCUCUCUAUAUAUAUAUAUAUAUAUAA